AUGCUGGACGAGCAGGCAAUUUUGAACUGCGUUGAGCAGACCAUGAUUGCCGAUGCCAAAGUCAUUAAAGAAGCUGAAUUACAACUUUUUGAAUACCAAAAGAGACCUGGCUUUACCACUUUUCUGCUAAAAGUUCUUUCAGAUGAAGAGAUUCCUACUCACAUCCGUUUAUCUUCCGCAAUCUACUUUAAAAACAAAAUCCAGAGGUCUUGGAAUGCCACUAAUCGUGAAGAUGGAAUCAAGCCAGAUGAGCAACAAGUAAUUAAGGAAAACUUGAUUCAAGCUCUGGUCAAGAAUUCUGAGAAUAAUCAUAUAAGACCGCAUUUGACGGAAUCCGUUAGAGGGAUACUGGGUAACAAUGAUGAAUGGGAUUUGACUGGAGUCAUUAAUGACCUACUAAAUAGUGGGAAACAAGAAUAUGUCUACAGUGGUCUAUUACUCCUUUUCGAGGUCUGUAUUGCUCACAGAUGGAGUAUGGCGGACCACCGUCAAGAGAUCGAUAGGGUGAUUGCGAUAGUUUUCCCUACAAUAGAAGUUAUUGCAUCACAAUUGGCAGAUCGCGAGGAUUACAGAUCGAAUGAGCUGAUGUAUCUCAUAAUAAAGUGUUUCAAGUAUGCCUGCUUGAACAAUUUUCCCCAAUAUUUCCUCAACACUGAAAAGUUGAAUGCAUGGAUUCAACUACAUCUAUACCUUUGUGCCAGACCGCUUCCUAAGGAGGUUUUCUCUCUUGAUCCUUCUGACAGAUGUUUAGAUAAGAGGGUUAAAGUUAAUAAAUGGGGGUUUGGUAACUUGAACAGGUUUAUUCACAAAUUUUCCAGAGUAACAAAGUCUGUUUCACAGGAGUUCGUUUCAAAUGUCUUCAACAACAUCAUUCCUGCCAUUUUGCAGGAAUACUUCAUAGUGAUACAAGCUUGGAGAGACAAAACUCUGUGGCUAGGAGAAUCUGCAUUGCAUUAUAUGAUUCAAUUUUUGGAAAAAUGUCUUGUCACAGAGGAAGCUUAUCCAUUGAUUCAACCUCAUCUGGAGACUAUCAUCGAACGAGUUAUCUUCCCAUGUUUGUGCGCUAAUGAGGAAAGUGUUCAAUUGCUCGAAGAAGACCCUGAAGAAUACACAAGGAGAUACUUCGAUAUGAAUAAGGAAAGCUCGACAGCCGAUGUUGCAUCCUGUGAUUUUGUCUUUGUUGUAGGGCACAAGCGUGCUUCCCAACUGGAUAAGAUCCUACCGUUCGUCAACAGCGUGUUUAUUAGUUACACGGAAAACCCCGAUGAUCUGGAAACAGCAUUCAAACAAGAAGGUGCCAUGAGAAUGAUCUCCACCUUGUUCACAUUAUUGGAUUCCCCAAGUGAUCUUGAAACGAUUUUCUCUCGUUACAUUGUACCAAUUUUAUCACAAAAUAGGUACAUGUUUUUAGUCGCGAGGGCCUUAGAGACUAUUUCAGUGUACCCUAACGAAUUCAAGGAUUUGGAAACACUAUCAAGGCUAUUUCAAUUGACAUACGAUCAUUUCAUGACCAGUGAUUUGAUACCGAUCCAAGUUGAAGCGGCAGAUGCAUUGAAAUCUUUGGUCGUUAGCAAUCCAGGUAUCCACUCCCACAUUUCAGCUCAAGUUCCCGGAAUCAUGGAAAAGUUACUAAGGCUUUCUAAGGAAUUUCAAAUCGACACUUUAUCCGAAGUUAUGGAAGUAUUUGUGGAGAGGUUUGCUGAUGAAUUGAUGGUAUUUGCCGGAGAUUUAGCCGCUAACUUGGUGGACCAAUUUUUGCAAUUGGGAUGUUCGCUACUGGACAAUUCAGGUAACUCUUAUUCUACUGGUGAUCAAGACUCGGAGAUUCAGGCGAGUUCGCUAUUGCAAACAAUGACCACGAUGGUAAUGUCCAUGAGUAAGGUCUCUCUAAUUGACAAGUUUCUGCCGGUAGUGAAGUUUGUCAUAGUGAACGCACAAAUCUCAUUCUUGACAGAGAUAGUGGAUUUGAUGGACUCUUUGGCGCUUUCAUCGCAAGCACUCUUCAACCAGUUCACACCAGAGAUUUGGGAAAUGGUUCACGACGUAUUUGAUUCAUUUCAGACCUACGCAAUGAGCUAUUUUGAAGGUUACUUGAUCUUUUUCGAGACUCUGGUAACUCAUGGUUUCCCACAGGACCAAACUUUCUUACAACCAUUCUUGGAGAUCUUGAGUUUGAAAUUAGACAGUGAUAUUGACUACGAUGUGGAGAGCGUCCUGGACAUUCUUGUCUUUUACGCCUUAUCGAUGAGGGACAUACCGCUAUUUGACAAAGCUUUGAAAGCCGCCUCAAAUGAUGAAUUAGAGUUAGAUGACGGCGAUAUCAUAAAGCUUUUCCUCGCCAACGUAUUUGUAAAGCCCGUUGAGACUUUGCAAGUGAGUGAGAAGGAAGGUGCUACACUCAUCCUACUAACCAAAUGGUUUUCAUGCAAAUUUUCCAGUGUGUUUUCUAUCAAAUUACAAAUCAUGGCCAUUCUGUCACUAUUCAAAUUGCCAGAACUACCUGGAGCUCUAAAGGGAUUCACAAGUCAAUUUGCAGACAAGUUAGUCUCGCUAACAGAGAAACUUCCUGAAGCCAUCCGUAAGAGAGAUGCCAUGUCCAAGGGUGAAGAAGGUAUCGAAGAAGUUUUCGGAAACGACGUGGACCCAGCAGAAGAUGGUUAUUUCGAAGAGUACGAAGAAGAUUUGAAAGAAACCAUGUUGGACCAAAUCAACGUAUUUCAAGAAGUCCAUUCUUUCUUGUCACAAGCCCAACAACAGGACAACAAGAAGUACAACACCAUUAUCAACUCACUAAGCGACGAGAAAAAACAUUCCUUGCAGGUCAUCCUAGAUUUUGUUUCCCAAAACUGA